AUGGGACCACCAGAUUCGCCAUAUGCAGGUGGUGUUUUCUUCCUCUCGAUUCAUUUCCCAACCGAUUAUCCAUUCAAGCCCCCAAAGAUAGCUUUCACCACAAAGAUAUAUCAUCCAAAUAUCAAUGCUAACGGUAACAUUUGUUUAGACAUCUUAAAAGAUCAAUGGUCACCAGCCUUGACUAUCUCGAAGGUCCUUCUUUCUAUAUGUUCUCUAUUAACAGAUGCCAAUCCGGAUGAUCCAUUAGUACCAGAAAUUGCACAUAUCUACAAAACUGAUAGAGCUAAGUACGAAGCAACAGCACGAGAAUGGACAAAAAAAUAUGCUGUAUAG